GCGAUCGGCGGCGACGCUGCCGCUCUCCCCCGCCGGCCAUGGCCGGGCAGUUCGACGCGGAGGACCAGGCGAGCUGGUACUGGGGACGGUUGAGCCGGGCGGAGGCGGUGGAGCUCCUGCAGGGGCAGCGCCACGGCACCUUCCUGGUGCGGGACUCGGGCAGCAUCCUGGGCGACUUCGUCCUCUCCGUCUCCGAGAGCUCGCGCGUCUCGCACUACAUCGUCAACAGCCAAGGCGGGGGCGGGGCGGGGGCGGCCCCCCCGGCGCCCGGGUCGUCUCCUAAGUUUCGGAUAGGUGAUCAAGAGUUUGAUUCCUUACCAGCUUUGUUGGAGUUCUACAAAAUACACUACUUGGACACUACAACGUUGAUAGAGCCUGUUUCAAAAUCAAAGCAUAACAAUGAUGCGCAGCUCAGGCAGGAAGAAGUUGAAUAUGUACGUGCUCUUUUUGACUUUAGUGGCAAUGAUGAGGAAGACCUCCCAUUUAAGAAAGGAGACAUACUGAGGAUCUGGGAAAAACCCGAAGAGCAGUGGUGGAAUGCAGAGGACGGUGGUGGCAGGCGAGGCAUGAUACCGGUUCCUUAUGUCGAGAAGUAUAAGGCUGCCUCUGCUGCAGUCUCCGCUCCGAUUGGAAGUAACCAGGAUAGUACGGUCCCACAGGCACUGGGUGGGCCAGAACCAGGUCCCUAUGCCCAGCCUAGCAUCAACACGCCACUUCCCAAUCUUCAGAAUGGGCCAAUACUUGCCCGGGUCAUCCAGAAGCGGGUCCCUAAUGCUUAUGACAAGACAGCCUUGGCCUUGGAGGUUGGUGAACUAGUCAAGGUCACCAAGAUUAACAUGAGUGGCCAGUGGGAAGGAGAGUGCAACGGCAGGCGCGGCCAUUUCCCAUUCACCCAUGUCCGGAUGCUGGAUCAACAGAAUCCCGAAGAGGACUUCAGCUGAAAAGGACCCCACCGCUCUGCUUACGGAUGGGAGCAAGCACACGGCGUUUCAUUGCUGCAGCAAUGGGGACUCUUUCUUGAGAAGUCAAAAGGAGGGUGGUUUCUGCCAGCAUUCUGGCAUUGAAGAUGAACUGUCCCUGGGACACAACACUCGUGGGGUGCUUGUGUUUUCAGGGCACGGCUUCUGUGCCAAGAGGUAGGUCAAAGACAUUACAUUCCCCCCACCACCACCACCACCUCCACCCCCAGAGUAGGACGAGAAUGCUACCCGGGGCUGUGGAGCUCUCGGGCUUCGUCAGUUGCAUGGCUUUCUCUGUAGGUAGAUAACCCGAGUGGCUUGGUAGGACACUCACGGCUUGCUAGCCUAAAUAUUCCUCUCUUUGGAUCUGAUAUAUAUAUAUUGUAAUUUCUGUCUCAUAACUGCUUGUUGCAAAAUGAGUACACUAUGCAUCGCCCUGGUCUAUUUUCUAAGUGUAUUUUGAUACUGGGAUAGCUGGAGCUUAACGAUUAUAUUUUGGAUGCGUUAGGGCGAAGUCUGCUCAUUAUUGUGAGUUCCAAAAAUUUGUCUUUAGUACAGACAUAGCAAGUAGCUGACUUAAUUUCAGAGGUAGAUGUUAAUGGAAAUUAAAUAUUGGUGGAAUGUUAAGCUUCCCUUAAAGGGCAGAGAACUGUGUUCAUUGUACUUUUUUAAUUGCCGACUUAUCUGAGCACUACACUCCAAAGCAUUAGCCAAUUAUAGAAAGAGAUGAGUGCCUGAAAAUUUCCUUUUAGUACUUUCUACUUACUCCAUAUAGCAAGGCAAAUAUUGCCAUGAUAAAUGAAAAUGCCAAAUACUUUCUUCUAUAAAUGGUUCCUUUCAAACUAUGGUUCCAUCUGCAAAGCAUUCCGAUGGUGGUUUCAUGAAGAACUUAUUUUUAAUAAACUAAUAAAAAAUACUAAAAUGCUUUUGCAUUGAUUCUAAAACAUAAAUAGUUUACACACACACAAUAUCUUUCCACUACUACUCAAGACUUGAAGAAACCUAUUUUUCUACUAACCUUUCCCAGACUGCUUGUUGCCAAGUUUCCUUUUGACUUAAUAUUGCUAGAAAAAGAAUAACCUUGAACCAACAAAAUUUCCUUUGCUGAUCAAAACGUGCCUCUGUCUUGAUACUCUUCCCAAGAAUGAACUGCAGGUGUGUAAUUGGCCAUCUCAUCUCCCAUUAACAAAGGAGGAAGAGGCCCUUUAGUGCUUAAUGCAACAAUGCUGCCAUUCUGUUCUUGCUUGAAGAAUAUUGAAAUGAUCCCACUUGUCUCUCAUGGAAGUCCCAUGCACCCCUCCCCCCCCCAAAAAAACCAAUCAAUUAGGAUAUGAAGAGAGCAGCGCACAGGUCAAUCCUUACACACGGUUGCAUUACCCAUAAAGGGCUGGGCUGAAGUGUAUUUUGCAGGGGAGUUGGCUGUGGCUUAUGGGAUGUACUACCCAAUCAUCCUCAGUGGUUAAGUCGGAUUUCCAACAUAAUGGAAGUUUGUAGAUCCCAACUUCUAUGGAUCCAGAGAUCGGAAUGGUCCAUUCCCUAGUAAAACGGUUACCCAUUGGUGACACCAUGCAAAGCACUGCUGCCCAGUGGGUCAUUGAGGCUGGGAGAUUAUUUGUUCUGAAGCCAAGUUCUUGGCACGCCUCAACUAUACUUCCCAAGGGUUUUAGGAAAGGCAGCAGUGCCACCAGUGCCACCUUUUGUGGGAAUUUGCUGUGGGAAUUUGUUUUAUGGGAAAUUCAGUAGAGAUAGUAAGAUUUGUUUCCCUGAAAAUGGUUUUUCCGAAACAGAUCCUAAAGUAUUCUUGGACACGGCAGAAUCUCUCCAAUUGAGGUUGGAUGAUUUUCUGUACUCUCGCAGGAAGUACCUCUUAAAGAGAUAUACAGAAGUUUUAUUUAACAGGAUAUGCUGCAUUUAAGUAGAAACAUAGUUUAUUAUAAUACAUUUCUGCUUAGGCUCUGCCAAGUUGGCAGCAUUAGAAACACCAGGGCAAUGUUUUUAUUGUAUGUAACGUUGGAAAUUCCCUGUGACCAAUUCUGCAAUGUUGACCCUUCAGAAUUUCUGGAAUGAUACAUAGACCCUGUGGUUUGUUGAAUUUUGACCAGCUAUUGUGAUUCAUAAACCAUAUUGCCUGUAUAUUAUAAAACUAAUCAACUUUGUUUUAUUCACUAAACCAUGACAGUAUAGUAUGGAAAACUAUUCAAUACGUUCAUAUAUUAUGCUUUGCCUUUGGUUUAAUGUGUGAAUUAUCCCACUGGAGUUCAGCAAAUCAACUACAGAAUAGCAAAUGUAUUAUUGCAAUAUUCAUAUUUCAACCACUUUAUUUCAGUUUUAAAAGUAUGGUUGCAAUAUUAUCACGCUUCCUCUUCAUCUGGUAUCAGAAGCAUUUUCAUGAUCUGCUUCUUACUCAAGUGAAGCAAUUGCUUUGCUUGAAGGCCUCCUAGCCAGCCCAUUUUGGGUAGGUAACUUUCCCCUGAAUUAGUGACCUGCUAUAAAAGCCCCACUGGUUACUAUUUUUAUUUUGAGAUGCAUUUUUGCAUAGUAUUACACUACUCAGUUUAAAUGGGUUUUUUUUUCCUAGCUAGUAUUUUAGUCAAGCCCAGCAUUUCAUAAUAAAACCUGAUGUGAUCAAAGCUUGUUAAUCUAUUAUAACUGCAAGUAUUUUAAUCAUUUUAAUAACAUGCUGUCAGAGUGAAAAAUUCUGUACACAAACUAAAGCAAAAGCAUAUAUAAAAUGUGCCCUGUAUUAUAUAACACUACACACUUUCUUGACAGUUAUUUUUUGUAGCCUGUAAUCAACGUGUAUAAUAUGUGGCGUAAAUAAAAAUAGCAAAAGUGGAA